AUGGCAUCACUGGAGGAGCUUCUUUCUAAAGAAGGGUUCAAGGGGAAGACGAAGCAUGGGUCAAGAGGCUACGCCACGUCCAGAGCUGUCAGUAUGCCGUCACCCCGCACUGCUCAUGAAUGGAAUCCUUCGUUUCGUAAUCCAGAUUACAGGUUUCAGAGGGGGAGGGCCAGGUCUGAUGUAUUUUGUCGGCGAUCGCAAUCCAUGUGGUCGGAAGAUGGAGCAAUUCGAGGUGGGAGGUCGGAGAAUUCUCGCAUGCGAAGAGAGACCUCUAUGGAUGGGUAUGAGAAAGAAUCACUCGAGGAUUCUGAAUCAAGUGAGUGUAAUGAUUUUGAAAAAUUUAAGGCGUUCAAUGGAAGACUCCGAGCUCAUCGUGCAAAUGGUGUCAAAGAUUUUAAAAUGCAUGAAUGCGACACAAUUCAAGACAGAGAAAGACCAAGGUUUCAAAAUUCUGGUAAAAAGGUUCAGGAGAAACAGAUACGUGAAUAUACUUAUGACAAUGAUUUGUAUGAGGAUGAGAAGAUGGACAAUGCGAGGAAUUUUGGCUCGAGGCCAAGCUUUAAUCAUGGUCUUCAGAAUAGAAGGGAUGAUGAUCUUGAGAAUCCUGGUACCAAACUGUCACUUUGUGAUGCCGCAAGUCGGGCCAUUAUUUCGAUCUUAACUGGUUAUAUCAGACGCUUCUUCCAAGAGGAAAACUUCCGUGCAUCGGUUCGUCAUAGUUGUGCAACUUGCCUUGGAUUGGGCUUAGCAGAAAAGAACCAUCAAAAAGAUGGUGGAGUGUUUGCCAGUCUUGCAGAUGCCAUUGAUGCUGUAGAAAGAGUUGUUAAAGAGGGUCGAGAUACAGGGGAAUUAAAGAAAGCUUCACUUAAGCUUAGUGUUGUAACAGGGUUAAACUCGGUGGAUUUGAAGGACAAAUUUACUUCUGGAGUUCCCAAUUCGCUUGUCGCAGCAUGUGCACAUCUCUACCUUGGUGUAAUUUAUAAGCUUCACAAGAAGAACAGAGUAUCAGCCAAACAUCUCCUCCAGGUCUUCUGCAAUUCUCCAUAUCAGGCAAGGACAAUUUUGUUGCCAGGUUUGUGGGACCGCCUUUUCCUUCCACAUUUCUCUCAUUUGAGGGAAUGGUAUGACAAAGAAGCAGAAUUCAUACCGAGAACGUCGAGUAGGGUGAAGAAAACAAAGCUUCUGGGAAAAGUCUACAAUGACAUACUGGAUAUGGGUACUUAUCAAAUUGCAGAUUAUUACAAAGAAUGGCUUAUGGAGGAGAAUGGAUCUCCUGCACUUCCUUCAAUUCCAGUCCCUUCUUCAUCUUAUCCACGACGAGAAGGUUCUAAUGCAACUGAUUUAGCUGUAGUUUCUAGUGCAAGAAGUCCUGCUUCAUCUCAGCCAAUGGUAAGCAGAAGAUUGUAUGAAUCUGUUUUCAGUCAAACAAAGAAAAUGGAAGAAGCUGAAGAAUUGAAAGGAAGAGAGGAGGAGAUCGAAGAGGAACAGUUCAUUGUUCAUACGAGAAGCUCUGAAAGCCCAAUACAAGAAUACGAGGAAUACUCUCCUAAUUCAGUCAUACAAACACAAGAAGAUAACAACACUAGCUCUCAAGAGCCAAAGGAAUCAUCUAACGGAGAUGAAUGGACAACUAACGAGUCUUGCAAUGCAUGCAAAGUGAAUGAUUUUCGGGUAAAAAACCCCACUGUUGAAUGCCAUGGCAUCCAAUCUAGUCCUGCCAUCUUGGGAUGCGCUUGUUUCCCCUAUCUUGCUCCACAGACAAAAGAGAAUGAGCUUACUCUUAGAAAAUUGGCACAAGCUGUCUUCAAACCACAGGUACAGAUGGGCAGUGUAGAAAGUACAGGAUCCGAGGUGAAGAAUUCUGGGUUGUUGUCUAAGAAUUCUGAUAGAAACUCAGCUGCAUUAAGCUCAAGUGCAGAAUCAAUUGAAGAUUAUGAUGAUGUUGACAGAGGCUCUUUUUUCUCUAGUAUUCCAAAGGAUUUUAUGUGUCCUUUAACAAGACAGCUUUUCAAGGAUCCUGUAACACUAGAGACUGGGCAGACCUUUGAGGGAGCAGCCAUUAAAGAAUGGUUUGAUCAAGGGAAUAGAACAUGUCCUGUUACCGGACGAGAACUGAAAUAUUUGUCUGUCCCAGUUAUGAAUUUUGUGUUGAAGCGCUUAAUUGAUGCCUGGAAAUCAGAACGUUGUAAAAACCUCCUCAUUUUUGCCACCCAAAUAGCAGAGAAUGCAACAAAGCAAGAUCGUAAAUCCAAAGAUGAGUCAGCUUUGUACAUAAUAGAGCAGCUUCUUACUGGUUUUAGCACAGAGGAACAAAUGGAAAACGCCAGACACCUUAUCGCUCUUGGUGGUUUAGAUUUUCUUAUACAUAGGUUGGAACAGGGAAAUUUAAAGGAAAAAACAUGUGUUGCUGGACUUCUGUUAUGCUGUAUCAAGGCAAAUGGCUGUUGCAGGAGCUAUUUGGCACUAAAUCUAAAGAGCUCGUGUAUUCUUGAUCUUCUCCACAGCAACCAUUUUAGAUCAAGAACAAAUGCUGUGCUGCUGUUAAUCGAACUGAUUUGCCUAGAAAGAAGGACAGCAAUCACACUGUUCUUAAGUGGGCUGCAAACUGAUGCAAUUGUGAAUACAAUGCAUGCACUGCUUGUGCAUCUUCAGACCUCGCCACCCGAAGAGCGAGUCCUGGUUGCUGUUCUUCUUUUACAAUUUGAUCUUGUGGUAGAGCCAUGCAGGUAUAGUAUAUACAGAGAAGAGGCUCUGGAUGGCAUAACGCUAGCUCUAAAUUGCUGUUCCUUUGACCAGAAAGUCAUACCAUAUUCUCGGAGGGCUCUUCUCAUGCUGGGUGGUUACUUCUCCUCAUCUGGAGAAAUAUUGACAGAGGCCUGGUUGCUGCAGCAAGCAGGAUACUCUGAUGGUGGGGUUGAAGAAAGUACAUUGGAAGAAGCAAAAGAAAAGGAGAAAUGGUUGAAAAAUGUGACUUUGGCCCUUCUUCACAGUGGAAAGAGAUCAUUUCUAGAGACUCUGUCAAAGUGUUUAGGUUAUGGGAACCCAGAAUUAGUGAGGGCAUGCCUGGCCACAGUUGCUUGGUUGAGCCAUGUACUCUUAUCCCUGCCUGCUGCUGGGCACCAGCUCUCUGCAUUCGCAGCUCUCAUCCCUCGGUUGAAAGAAAGUAUAGAGAACUAUGAGCAGAUUGAGCACAGAGUACUAGCUUCAAUAGCUUUGUUCAAUUUUAGCAAGAUUAUGGAAUGCAGAGUCCUUCUGAGUUUUGCAGAUGAGGUGCAGAAUCCUCUGAAAAACCUUUCGGACAUAACUUGGACUGCGAAGCAACUUUAUGCUACCAUUUUUGGAGAACUCUAAAAUCUAUAGGCAUCAUAUAACACACGCAUAGAUCUCAUCCUAUCUACAGGAGACUGUCAUUUUGGCUGACUUCAAUCAAGUGAAACCAUCUUCAUUCACUUGCUGAUGUAAAUAUUUGCAAUUUAGUGAUAUUUAAUUGUACCCAUACAAGCUACGUAGAAUGAUUCAUUGGUAGUUAAAUAUUCUUUCAUAUUUCACAUAACCAUUCGACUCUGUUGCUAUAGUUGGUUAAGUACUGAUGGAGUCAUCAAUAUUGUUACAAUUUAUUUGCUUUUCUUAUAUGCAACAAAUUCAUCUGAGAUGAGCAAAUUUCAGAUAUACGCAAAAAAUUCUCUACAUCUGCCAUAAGCUUCUCUUCUUGAUGUUAUUCUUUUGAAAAGCUAAAGAAAUUCCAUCUCUGAAAUCCUUAUACAAAUGCAAAAUUUGUUAUAUGAAAUGCAGUAUAAGCUAAAGCAAAUAAGUGAACCAUUUUCAGAGAUGUGGAAG